GCGUCAGUCCAAACAAGUCGUCCGAGUAGUGCGGGCAAGUUUUUCUUUCCCUGUGCACCUCAGUGGAUAUAUAACAAGUCCCUUCGACAGUAUGGUGUGACUCUGUCGUCUCUCAACACACACACACAGCCAGCCCACCAGUUUAUACAAUAGCCAUUUUCUUUACCGAUUCACAGCAGGAGACAUCGAAAAAACCAGAAAAAAGUCGUCUGCAUUUGCAUAUUAGAGAUAUGGAUGGAAACGACGACCGAGGAGCUGGUGAAGCCAUGCUUAAAGGAUCAUCAUCCAGGCGAGUCUCUAGCUCGUCUUCCGGAUGGAGGAAGAUGCUGAUGUGUUGCUUGAAACCAGAAGAAGACGACGUUCAAGUCUUGGAUUAUGAGCAUUCGAGCUUGAGCGAUGUUCCAGCUGAAGUAUUCAACCACGAAAGGACGUUGGAGAUCCUUCGACUCGACUGCAAUCAAAUCGCUGAUUUGCCCCGGCCACUUUUUCAUUGCCAUGGCCUCAAAGAGCUCUGGCUAUCUGAUAAUGAGAUUGCCCUUUUACCCCCCGCGUUGGCGUCUCUCAUCCAUUUACAGGUGUUGGAUAUCUCGAAAAACUCCUUGACCGAAGUGCCCGACGCCAUUAGCGGACUGAAAGCGCUGAUUAUUCUGGACCUCAGCGUCAAUCCGCUCGGUAAACUGCCCGAAGGCGCAACUAAAUUACUCUCCCUCGAGUCGCUCAACCUCUCCGACACGUUCCUCGAAUUCCUCCCGGCCAACUUUGGUCGGCUGACCAAAUUGCGACUCCUCGAACUGAGAGAAAAUCAACUGGCCGCUCUUCCCAAAUCCAUGGCUCGUUUGACGGCAUUGAAGCGACUCGACAUGGGCCAAAACGACUUGUGUGACCUGCCCGAAGUCGUCGGAAGCAUUCCGUCGCUCACUGAGCUCUGGGUCGAUGGCAACAAGUUGGACGUGCUUCCUGAAUUUGUGGGUCAUUUGCAGAAUCUGGUUCAUCUGGAUGCAUCGAGAAAUUGUCUUCACGGAAUAGCGCCAACUAUCGGGUUGUGCAAAUCGCUCACUGAUUUGUCUUUGACGUCCAAUAAUUUGGCCAAUUUACCGGAAGAAAUUGGCGAUUUGACUCUGUUGACUGUACUCCGCGUCGAUGACAACCGUUUGACUUGCCUGCCGGACUCGGUUGGCCGUCUCUCCAAUUUGGAAGAAUUGCAAGCCGGUCAGAAUCGAUUGUCGAAACUUCCGGCCUCGAUUGGAUUACUUCGCAAACUGGAAACGCUGAUGCUGAACGAGAAUCUGCUGGAAGAAUUACCGGUCGAGCUCGGCUCGUGCCAACGUCUGACCGUUUUGUCGCUGCGAAAGAAUCGACUGGAACAUCUUCCACCGGAGAUGGGCCAUCUUUCACGACUUCGUGUCGUCAAUCUGAGCUGCAAUCGCCUACUUCAUUUGCCCGUCUCGUUUCUCAAGUUGCCUUCGUUAUCGGCACUUUGGCUCUCCGAGGCUCAGACAAAACCGGUUGUGCCGCUGCAGACGGAUGUCGAUUCCGCCACUGGCCACAAAGUCCUGACUUGCUUCCUAUUGCCACAGUCAACCGAUCCGGAGCCUGAGGAGGAACAGACACCGACAGAUAAGGGCAGCCCCAACGUCGUGACGGCCCGUUCGCCCACUCAUAUCAAAUUUGCCUUUGACGGUGAAACCGAUCCAAAGGCUGGAAAACUCAUGAGGAAUCCAACUCCUUAUCCGAAAGAGUUGAAAGCCUUGGCCAAACACGCCCAACACAUCCAGCAGCAUCACCCGGUUUCUCCCACAUCUCGCAACAGUGUGGAAGCAACCACUAUUGCGGCUUCUUCGGCUACCACCCCAACAACAACAACAACACCUGCUGUCACUACUAGCAGCUCCCCGCCAUCCAGCGAAAUUAAGAAACAACCGGAACCCUCUCCAGUGGUUGUCGUGUCUACUCCGCUGGCGGCUCCCGUUCAUAUUCACGUUGAGCCGUUAGUGUCUGUCGUUACAAAAUCUCCGAAUGAAUCCAGCAGCCCACCCACCCAGACUGAACCGAGAGCCGAGAGCAUCAGCGUCUCGGUGCGUCCCAAAUCGGAAAUAAUGUCGGAACCUCCGCAACUCCUUGCCACGCUCUCGAGCGAAUCUCAGCCUCCUCAAGUUCCGCCAUUAUUGCCUCCGGCUGCUCAUUCUGCCUCCCCAUUGCCGCUCAAACGCAACGCCUCCACCGAAAUUCUAGCCAAUCCGGAAGCGGAUCCGCCCAAGCAGAACGGCAUUCCACCGGAGCUUUCGCCCAGAUCGGCCGAAAUCGAAAUUAAAGAAGCCAGAGUGCUUCGACCCUUGAUGUCUGCAACAGAUGGAGCCCUGGACAAGGUGAAGAACCCCAACGCCGUUGAUGUUGUUGACCACCGGUCCAGCCAACUGGAUUUGACUGAGACAAAGCAACAGCAACAGCAGCAGCAGCAGCAACAACCUCCGCCUUAUCACGUUGCGGCCGCUUACUCGAAACGGGCAGCCGAAUUCAAUCACGCGACUAGUCUACCGCGGACCCAGUCGACUGACAGUGGAUUCACGGUUGACGGGACAUCCGGCGAGAGGAGGGAUAGCAGUCCGAGUCGUGACAGCGGGCGUGGGCCAUCCAUCGAACCUCUUGAAGACAAUGGCCAACCAUCUGGAAGCAGCCCCGUUCAGCCUGUCGUGGCGGCAGCCAAACGUCCAAUCGAUUUGCCCUUGAGUGGCAAUCUUUUGGAAAAAGACAAGAUGACACCGCUGGCCCUCAAGAGAGCCACUUACAUUGUCGAAAACAGCAGUUUAAGUCCUGCCAACGAUGCGGAAGAAGCGGAAGGAGACCUCCAAUCAGUGGCAGCAUUGAGACAAGCGGCACGCGAAGUCUUUCUGUCCGCGUCGCCCAGGGAAAGUCCUCUGCCGACUCACAAACCCACCUCUUGGGAUGUUCCACUUUCCGUCCACACUUCAAAUGGGCCAUCAAGUAGUAGUCCUUUAAGCGCGGCUCAUGUUGUCGGACUCCCGCCGCCUGCUGGCAACGCCGAGAAUGGUGGCGGCCAGCAACAACAGGCGAGCAAAAUUCAAGGCCGUCUUCCUCCGCCCAAAUAUCACGUCGCCAGCAAUAAUACUAACGGAUUCCGUGAUACGCCAACCGAGUUGAAAUCGCCUCCGCCGGCCAAUGCUUCCUCUCGCAUUCCCCUGUCAUCGCACAACCGCCUGCCCAGCGGACUUCCGCGUCAACUCUCCAACUUGUCCGUCAACGGGUCACAACUGGACGGGCCGAUUGUAAAUAAACCUGCGCCUCUCUUGCCACCCAAACAGCGGGACACUCCACCGACCCUUCAGCCGAAAUUGUCCAGCUCUCGGAUUCCUCCUCCUCAAGUUCACACGCCCGUCGUGGCCAGCACUCCGCUGGCACCUCUGACUCUCAAGACCAACUUCUCACCUUUGCCAGUUCACAGUGCCAGGAUGGUCACGCCAACAACAACAACGCCAACGACCAACAACAACGACUUUGAAGCUAAUCAGACCAAUAAAAGCUCUUCCGGCCAGUCUUUGAGCACGCGCAUUCCUCUGCCCAAAUACUCUGUGACUGAUUUGAAGAAUGCCGGAAUUUCACCUGGAUCUCGAAUUCCGACGCGGAUGCCUACACCCACUUUGGCGGCUACAUCCAUUUCCAAGAGCAAGCUAUCGGUGGAAUUGUCGGCCAGCCCUUCGCUGGCAGCUUACACGCCACGCAUCCAGUGAGCCGUUUGACGACGAGCAACUAUAGAAAUGAGUCAGUGAGUGAAGGAAAUAAUCGUUUAAAAGAUAAGAGGUUGUAAACAUAUAUAUUUUUAUUUUUUUUUGUUUUUUUCCAAACACAAUUUGCUGCAAUAGUUUAUGUACAGUCGAUAUUCAAAUCAAGUUGUGUAUCCAAAUUUAUGCUGGAGUUUUUUUAUUAUUAUUUGGAUUUUUAUCCCCCCCUCUCUUACAAUAUGUGCCCUUAUAUACAUUCGUGUUGAUGAUA